AUGUCCGCGGCUGGUGGAAAUGGACGGUGCGGUUCCGUUCGGUACGCGAAAGUAAGGCUUGGAUCAGCAACCGAGGCCCCUGUUGCGACAGCAGCAUCCGCAUCUUCCGCCUCAACCGGAGAGCUCGAAACCCGUGGGAAGCAACGAGGAACCCGAGCGGGUGUUCUGCCACCGAACGUCGACGGACGGUUGCGAGGGACGCUAACCGUGGGUUUUGGACGUUUUGGCGAAUCUCCCCGGAGUGGUUCCGUGUCCUGCACCGGCAUUCGUUGGACCACAGCAAAGGUAUACGUUAACGUCGAUUUGCAGGUGAUUUGGUGGGGACAGAAAACUACCGACACGAUCGGAACGCUUCACUGGGCGCAAAGACGUAACGGCGAGGGGGACAGCGUUGAGUACGAGGUUCGCACCAGCGCGGAACUUUUCCGUCGUUACCUGAAAAGCUGCGAACCGAUACGGCUGCGGUUGUUUUCGAAACGCACCGAAACGCUCAUCGGUACGGCUAAGGUGCCGCUUCCGGGACGGAUUGUAAAUUUCUCCGAAAGCACCGACCAGCAGCCAGCGGUGGCCCAAGGCUCAGGGGAAAUAGUCAGCGUUCGUGGCUUCCGGCUUGGUGAACUUACGCUAGAAUUCGCGCUCAAGCUCGACCCAAAGGAACUGUCCGGUGUACCAGCAGCAACGAAACCAAUCUCCGUUCCAGCAGCUCCAAAGGGCGGCAAGGAAAAUCGAAAAAUGCUGUCCGUAGCGCAUCGCCCAGAUCCGGUGAAAAUCUGUCCCCCAAAGCCCCACAGCAACCCGCUUGCCAUCGAGGGUCGGCCAGCACCGUUGCACGAAUCCUCCCAACGUCCACUGACCGGGGGAUCAUCAUUCCCGGCUGGGGAGAAGAAAAAAUUCCACACCCUGGACGGGAGCUCGAAGCGAAAGAUCCUAAACUACCUAACCGGAGUGGCGUUUGAUGAUGCAACCGAUGGAACCGGCUGUCGUUCCAGCGAACGAUCGGCACUGAGCGAGAUCUGCUCAAUUUCCCCGGCCGAAAGCAUGCUGGAGGCACUUGCACGGUACGAUUCCGCUCCGGCACCCGGCAAAAAGCCGUACCUUCAGGCGGUCGAUUGCGUGCGGGUGUUGAUCGAGAAUCUGCGGCUUACCCGUGCCGGUCAGAAGGAAAUACAGCACCGUACCAAGCACCAGUGGUGGGGUGGUGGUGCGGUUCAGCCUGGGUUCGUGGUGAAAAUGAAGCUUUCUCGCAGUCCGACCACGACGCGGCUAAAGUUCUGCUCCACGGCGGUGGAGUAUGAUGAGGCGGAAAUUUCAUUCGAAACACAACCCAAAACGACUCGGGUCACACUACCGGUUGGUGGGGGUGAUGAUGGAAUGGCAUUCGAAUUCGGCAUACACCUGAACGUGGGUGGUGGUUAUGCGAAGGAGCGUUUGUUCUAUCUCGGAUCAGCUACCGUCACGCUGCGGGAACUUUUGGAUGGACAUCUGUGCUGUCACAAACGAUGCCCGGUUCGGUUGGCAUCCGAUGAUAUUCUGCUCGGGACGCUAACGCUCCGGAUGGACCUCGGUAGUCGCGGGUUGCACUUUGGACCUGAACUCAUCGAUGCCGUCAUCGUGGACAAAGGCAAUGUUACGCUGGAGACCUCAAGCGAUAGCGAUUCAUCGGACUGUUCAACGGGGGGCGACACGUUUACGAAUCCUCCACGACCACGUCCCCACUCAUGCACUCGCAGACCGCUUUCGUGUGGCCACGGUCAGGCAGCAUCAGGUCACCGAGCGCACGGAUUAUUUCCACACCCAAGUUGGACGUGUAUGAGGACACACACCGGAUGUCCUUCCACGAAUCAAAGCCCAGCGACCCAGCAAGCGAGAGGAGACGGAACAUCACAAUCGGAAAACCAGCCAUCGAGUGGCUCCGGUGGGAAAAACAAUAACGCUGAUGGGGAAAACCAACCGGUGGGCAAUAACCAGCAACACGCGGAUCCGAAGGCAAUGGAUACGGAACCAUCGGCCCCCGGGGAACCUCCAAAGUUGCUGCACGGGCUACUACACCUUGGCCAACUCCGGCAGUUGCCUCUCGACGAUCUGUUUCUUGUAGCGCACGCGUUCUGGACGGAUGAAGCGACCACGCUAACGUCGGAAUUCUGCCCGGAGGAGGGUGAUUUCAAUUACCAACGCACGUUCCCGGUCCUCCCGGAUGGGGCGUUCAUCGAGCGGGUCCGUAAUCAGCACAUGCUGGUGGAGCUGUGGCAGAAACCCCCAGGGGAAGGUGAAAAGCUGGUCGGCGUGACGCGAUUACCGCUGCACCAGUUCUACAUAGCGUUCCGGGAUGUGCAGCUGAGUGGACAUCUGUCCCACGCGAAACUUCCCGUCAUCUCGAUCGAUGGGUGGAGUGGCAUUGGUUCCCCGCUGUCGGGUGAACCGUGCGGUCAAAUCCAAGCCGUACUGGCCAUCGGAACCGAGAGCCAAAUCGAGCUGUUUAAAGCAACCCGCAAUCUGCGGCACACGUCCGGGGAUGUUCCGCGAUCGCUCGCGAACCGGUGCACAUUGCCACCGUCCGCCGUUAGUUCACCGUCACGGCGGAUUUACCCGCGGCCAGAUCAUAAAUCGAUUCAAACGAUGAGCAGCGGCACGGCGGGUGUUAAGCAAACGCAAUCGUCCGAGGUGGCCAACAUGUUGUCGGCGUUCAUAGAGAAUCUCGCCCAGCGGCUUCCGAUUUCGUCGGAGCGGAGUACGGCACCGAGUUACGAUCAUAAUGCACCCGUCCCAGGCCAGCCAAUGGACACGAAUGGUGGCGGGGUGUUCGGAUCGUCACCUCAUUCGAAUGCGAACCGUCCGCAGUUACGAAAAACGGCCGAUUUGCUCGAUAACCUGCAGAAGGCGCUCGCCCAGCGGCCACCCGCUUCCGCCCUGGAUGGGUUUGGUGGAUUGGCGGGGUUAGGUGUGGCCACGUUGCUCGGAGCUUCGACAACACCCGCCGAUCAAACGCCUCCUGCUGCGGGUGCUGGAAACGGAAGUACUCACGGUGUUCCGCCGAUGCACCAGCCAGCGGGUAACGAUGACAACGACGAUGAUGGUCCGCUUGUGGUUCAGAUGGGAGGCAACUCACCAAACGUGUCCCGCACGGAUGCGUCCUGCGAGGGCACCGGAAGUAAACACUCGCCGGAUGAAAGCGCACCGCUGGACGAGUGCAAGAUGUUCCGGGUUGCGAUUGAGAUUGAGGAGGCGGCCAACUUCCCGAAGCUUCCCAUCAGCCAGAAGUACGCUAAGAGGCACAAGAUGCGUAACCUUCCGGUGACGCUCGAGCUGGAACCGAGCACGUACGCUACGUUUGAGGGUUACAAUCUAAAGCGUGGCACACCGAAUACGGUCAAAUCGCACGAGGGUAUUGUCUACACGACGCACGUGCUGGUGAGAAGCUGCUCGCCGGCCUGGCAGAAGCGCUUCGAGGUGCAACUACCGGUCGAUCUGAUGUUGAACGACGAGAAGCAAUUUAUCGUGAAGGUUUGGCGAAAGGCGAGCCAGAGCGUGGCGGGUAAUGCGUCUAAAAAUCGGCUCGUUCCGUCACCGAUGCAGGAUGCCGUGUUGGGCUUUUGUGCGAUCGAUUUAAGCGUGCUGCUGUCGGGCAUGCCGUACAUCCGGGGAUGGUAUCACAUUAAGGACUUUUCCGGACGCUGUAACGGUCAGAUCAAGGUCAAAGUACAACCAUUGGAAAACGUGCUGGUGUACAAAACGCUCGACGAGCAGAUGAAUUUCCAGAUUCCACUCUCGAUUGACGUUGAUUGCGGUUCGAUUGGGCUCGAUGCGGCUAGCAACACCUCGCUAAGUCGUGCGCUGAAGCGUAAAUUCACCGAACUGGAGGAGAUUACUGAGCGGCUAAAGGCGCGUUUGUUCAACGUGACCGGGGAUGACGAUGGGACCGAUCCGGAUGAUCAGUUUGAGCGCGAUCUCAACACGGAAGCUGACGAGGAGGACGACGAUGAUGAUUGUUGGCCGGAUCAGCUUGGGGACAUGUCGAACCAGAAGCGCAACAGCCAAUACCCGAACGGGGCACUAACGCUCACGACCAACACGUCGUCUUACUCGAUGUGUUCCUCGAACGAACGACGUGCCACGGCUGGUCCACAAGAGCGCACUCUAACCGGAUGUUCGAACCGUGCGCAAUCGGGCCCAACCGGGUUGCAGCUGGAGGAUCUUUUGCACACGCACGACCUCGAUACGCUGAUCAAUCCGGCUAUCCUGAAGAAUCUCCUUAACCCAUCCACCUCGGACUCAACGCCACCGCUCGGUGAUACCGGAGAAGCCGCCACCGAUGCGGACAUGAGCGAUGCAAACUCUCAAUCUUCGUUCCUACCGGUGGAUGGUGUGAAGACGCACGAGGUGGACGGUGCUGGUAGUGCCGGUGAUCGGGUGAAACAGAUUGCGUCGGCCCUGCAGAGGACUACGAUUUCUGAUGCGAACACCGAUGGACCAGGGAUGGUGACUGUCACCUCUGGCAAGCGUCGAGAAGCACCCGAAGGAGAACCGAUGAAGGACGUUGACAACUAACGAGCUGGAUAGAUGAUGUUCCGAGUCCUGUGGGAAGGAUGGGCUUCCAUCUCGGACCACAUGGGGACUCGGAACAGCAAUUGUAUGUUCACUUUAACGUUACUGUUACUGUAAGGUCUCCCAAGCGAUCGUGAAGCGCGCCAUUCGCGGCAGCACUUUUGGGAUAUUUAUCUAAUUCUCUUACGCGCUCUAGUGAAGGAACAGUGAGAGCCUACCGAUAGCCUCUAGAACGCUGAUGUGUAUUUGAGAUUGCAUGUAGCCACGCGAGUGGAUGAUG